GCUUUCUUUCUCGUUAUCGGAGCUGGAGUCGUCGGCCUCACGACAGCCCUGGAGCUUCGGCAUCGGUACCCCUCAGCUAAAAUCGUAAUAGCAGCAAAAUAUCUCCCUGGCGACAGCGCACCAGACUACGCAUCUGCAUGGGGGGGCGCGAACUGGUUCCCUGCUGCUACAGACAACGGCCCCCAACAGGAUUAUGAAGCAAUCACGUACCGCAAGUUUAAGAACCUUUGCUCAAAAAGACCGGAAUGCGGCAUAAAGCCCAUGCAGAUCAAAUGGCACUAUGAAGUUCCCAUCGAGGAAGCCGGAAUAUUGACUCCAGCAACUGGGAAGCUGUGGUUCGAGGAUCUGGUAGGUGGGUUAAUAGAGAUUGGGAAAGAUGAGCUACCGAAGGGAACGGAAUUCGGAUUCGAGAUGGCGAGUUUUGUAAUUGAUGUGCAGAGAUAUCUACCAUGGUUGCAGACCGAAGCUACCCGCCUCAAUAUCGAAAUACAUCGACGUAUCUUCGGCUCCAUCGACAAUGCGUUCAAGCGUUACCCUCAAGCUACAGCCGUCUUCAACUGCACUGGCCUAGGGGCAAUGACUUUAGGAGGCGUAGAAGACAAUACUAUGUAUCCUGCUCGGGGUCAAAUCCUUUUAGUAGAAGGCCCGGAGAAGCCGAUAAAAAACAUGUAUUUCCGCGCUCCACAUCGUGCUGGCGAAGCCACACAUAUCUUCCCUAGGGGAGAGAACGGCGGAGUGAUCCUGGGUGGAUGUCGCCAGAAGAACAACUGGAGUGGUGAAGUGGAUCUUGCGUUUGCUGAGGUCAUCAAGAGGCGAUGCUGCUCACUUGCACCAGAACUGGGGAAGCCAGAGGACUUGAGAAUUAUCAAGCACGGAGUUGGACUUCGUCCCGCAAGAGAAGGUGGGCCACGGGUAGAAUUAGAGAUGCGGGAUGGCAAGGUGGUCGUUCACAAUUAUGGGGCAGGCGGAGUGGGCUUCCAAGCAUCGUGGGGUUUGGCGCGAUAUGCCGUCGAUCUACUUCCUGAAAGAGCACGAAUGUAG